AUGGCCAUGUUUGUCAAGUUUGCUGCCUUUGCGGCCAUGAGUGGCCUAGCCCUCGCUGCCCCGGAAAAGACGACCAUCAGACACCUCCAGCUAAAGCCAGAAUAUUACAAUGGCACCAUCAGUGUCGAGCACCUGUCGGUUCCAGAAAAUCUCGAUGGCUUCAAGAUGUCGACGCCAGCUGCCCGCAAGUCGGCCGACUUUUGGUACUUUGACGUCUUUUCCAAGGCGACCAACCAGACACUCAACAUCGUCUUCUUCAACUCUGGUGAAUUCAAACAGUACCCUCAUCCCUUGUCGGUGCAAGUCUCUGGAGUAUUUCCCAACGGCACCGACUUUUACUAUGAGGCGCUGGCCGACGAGGGGGUCUCCAUCACCAACAGCCCGCAAGGCAUCCAAGGCGAGUGGGGUGGCAUUGGCAGCUUCAAGGGCUCAUCUCUAGAGAAACCCAACGUCGAGUACUCCAUCAAACUUGACUCUCCAGAUAUGGGCAUCUCUGGGAAGAUCAAGUUCAAAUCCAUGACGCCCGCUCACUACCCUUGCGAUCUCUAUGGUGCCAUUGGCGUGACGCAGAAUCUAUUGCCCGGGCUAUACUGGGCCAAUGCUGUCCCCGACGCUGAAACAGUUGUUGACCUGAAAGUCAAGGACACAGCGAUACAAUUUAAGGAUGGCGUUGGCUACCAUGAUAAGAACUGGGGCAACCAGUCCAUCAUCGAUGGACCUAAGUACUGGGACUGGGGCCACGGCCGAUUCGGCCCUUACUCGGUGGUCUGGUACAAUCUCCUCGACUACGAAGGAAAGGAGACGCGCCGGUCUUUCGUCGUCAAGGAUCGCAAAGUUCUCAUGGUCAGCUGCGACCCUAAGAGCAUGGAAGUUCGCCAAAAGGGUGGUAAGGCAGCCUGGCCCCCCACGACAGGCCUGCUAGAGACCGACGGGUUGAGCAUUCAUUACACACUGCCUGAUGGCCAAGAGCUAAACGUAGACGUGACGACCGAGAUCAUUGUUCGCGACGAGUCGGGUGCGUACCAACGAGCCAAUGGUAUCAUCAAGGGCGGCAUCAAGGGGAAAGAGACUUUCAAGGGUAAGGCUCACUACGAAGAGUUUAUCUUUGGCAUUGUCAACGACUACACUCCAAACCCUUAG